AGGAAGAUGGCCGCGCUGACGGCGGAGAGCUUUGUAGCGCUCCAGAACCUGCUGAAGGUUUUUUGUAGAUGCUCUUUAUCAAGUUGAGGAAGUUCCCCACUAUUCCUGUUUUUAUGAGAGUUUUCAUCAAGAAUGGAUGUUGAAUUUUGUCUGCUGCUUUUUAUGCAUUGAUUGACAUCACGUGAUUUUCUUCUUGAGCCUAUUAAUAUGGUGGAUUACCUAGAUUUUUCAAAUAUUGAACCAGUCUGGCAUCCCUGGAAUAAAUCCCACAGAGUGAUAGCCUCCUCGAAAGAUGUUGUCAGACAGCUGUGCCAAGAGAGCUUUUCCAGUUCAGCCCUUGGCUCGAAAAAACUCUUGGAUAUUACGUGUUCCAGCUUGUCUGUGACCCAGGAGGAGGCCAAGCAGCUGCUCCAGGCUCUGCACCGCCUCACCAGGCUGGCUGCCUUCCGUGACCUGUCCUCGGCCGAGGCGAUUCUGGCUCUCUUUCCUGAGAAUUUCCACCAGAACCUCAAAAACCUGCUGACGAAAAUCAUCCUGGAACACGUAUCUACUUGGAGAAGUGAAACCCAAGCAAACCAGAUCUCUCUGCCACGCCUGGUCGACCUGGACUGGAGAGUGGAUAUCAAAACCGCUUCAGACAGCAUCAGCCGCAUGGCCGUGCCCACCUGCCUGCUCCAGAUGAAGAUCCAGGAAGAUCCCAGUGUGUGUGGAGACGGGCCCUCUGUCUCAGCGGUCACCAUGGAGCUGAGUAAGGAAACGCUGGACACCAUGUUAGAUGGGCUGGGCCGCAUCCGAGACCAGCUCUCUGCCGUGGCCAACAAGUGACUGCCAGCUGCUGGCCCAGCCCAGGCCACUGCUCGGCCUCGAGGAAGCACUCAGGGCCGCAGCUGCCCUGGGAGGAGGCAGGGCAGUGGGGACAGAGGCAGGCUGCCAUCAGGAAGGCACAGCUGGAUCAGAAGGGAGCAGCUGUGCCCAUGCCAUUCUCCCACUGCUUCUCUUUCUCUUUCUGAGGCUGCUGAGCAGAAGCCUCCGUCUCUGACCGGCUCCUGUGUGCGACUCUGCCCGCGGGGCAGCCAAGGGGACAUUUGCUUCUUCAGCCGCCUCUGUGUGGCUGAUGGAAAGUUCAGGCCCGAACUGUGGAGCUGGUCUAAUAAGUUCCCUUCCAGCGGUGGCUCUGAUGGGGCCAUUUCCACGCCUGGGACACAGCUGGGAGUCAGGUGGGUGACGCCAGCAGUUCCCGCCUCUCUGCCAGAGGAGCCAGGCAGACCCCACAGAGCAGGGCCACCGCAGUGUGGCCCCCUGCUGAAGUCUGGUGCCUUCCCGAGCUCCCUGGGCCCGCUGGACCACCUUCCAGCGUCGGGGUCUGACGUGGGUGCUGAGGCCCCUCGUGCAGCCAGCGGCCCCUUCCGUGAUUGAUGGCAGCCGCUCCGGGGUGAGGAAGUGGGAGGGAUUGGAAAUAAAUAGCAGUUCCACAAGGUCGUGA